AUGGCGCCCGCUGGAAGAAGCGAAGAAGAAACAGGUUCGAGCAGCAGCAGGUCCGCUUCUGUUGAUGAGGACCAGCCAAUGGUUUCAGUCAUACGCGCUGAACUCGUCCGUGGACAUCGCCCUGUGGUUGUUUCCGAGGUGCCCGUCUACAUAGGACUCAAGGACAGGCAAGGCCGGCAAUUUGAAGAUAAAGGCACUUGCCCUUACGUGAACUACCGCUGGCUUCGCGGUCCAGUUGUGAGGCCUUGCUUCUACCAUCCGCACAAGCAGUCCCAGAUCAGGGAUGUCGCAAAGACGCGCCUGUGCUACUGUUCCAAGGAAUGUUUCCUCAAAGGAUGGAGCAGCAUCCCUCCGGAGAAGUGGGGUGAUGCUGAUGAGGAUGCGAAGCAGGAGCCUGUUGCCGAGUGGGUGGAGGUUGCGAAGACGCGCAACUAUAGCCCGCAGAAGGAGGACAUUGAUCGCCCUUUGCGCCUGGAGAUCACGCCCCUGAUCAAGGAUGGACGUGCAGAUGAGAAAGGCAAGAUGGUGAUCACGACGGGCACUGUGAUUCCAACACCCAAGGAGGUGCGAGUUCGGCGGAUGGUAACCAAUGGAAAGCACCUCAACGCAGAAUGGCUGAACAAGCAGUUCAAAGUAAUGAACUGGAAUGUCCUUGCAGAUCUUUAUGCCACGGAAUCAGUGUAUCCAUACUGUGAAAAAUGGGCACUGUCCUGGACGUGGAGAAAGCACCUCAUCAUGAAGGAGUUGAAAGCCCAUGCGGCUGACAUCAUUACACUCCAGGAGGUGCAGAAAGAUGCCUUCGACGACUGGUUCAGGCCUGGGCUACAAGAAGCCGGGUAUGAGGGUGUCUUUCAGCAGAAGAAGCGGGACCCAAUCUUCCAUCGGGGUAAAUACACGGCAGAAGGCUGUGCGACUUUUUACAAGCAAACCCGCUUCCGACGCCUCGACAAGCAGGUAAUCGACUACGACCGCAUGUCCCAGCAAGAGCUGCAGCGGCAUUUUGGACAUCAAGAUGCUGCCAACAUGCAAAGGCUGUCCAAAGGAAAUAUUGCUCUCGCCCUGCUGCUGGAAGAUCAGCACAUCAAGGCUGAUCCCAACAGCGGCCAGGCUGGACCGAAUGGUGGUCACAGUCUAGUAGUGGUUAACACCCACAUCUUGUGCGAUCCGAGCGCUUCUGAUGUGAAGCUGUGGCAGACGCACCUGCUGCUCCAGAACCUGAAGCAGACACGAUGGGACCAUAUGCCGUUGCUUCUGGCUGGAGACUUCAACUCCACGCCAGAUUCGGCAGUCUACGAGUAUCUGCGACAUGGUCACGUCAAUGAAGGGCACGAGGACUUACGGCAUGAUCCUUGUGGGCUCCUGGGUCGGUUGCGGGAUCACAUGCAGCACAACCUGCAGUUGGCGACAGCAUAUCAGACCUGCAAUGGCCAGGAAGCGCCCUUCACAAACUACACUGAGGACUUCAAGGGCGCACUGGACUAUGUGUGGUUCUCCCACCAGGCGCUUUCGGUGUUGGCAGUCACACAGGUGGACGACGAGCAAAGCUUGAAACAGGAGACCGCCCUUCCGUCCAGCAACCGCCCGUCAGACCAUGUGUCUCUUGUUGCGACUUUCAUGUUCCAUGAUCUUCCUCAACAGCAUGAACGAAAGGUACGCCAGCACGCCGCUAUGAGUGAUAUUCACCAAGCGUACCAUAUGGCUGGCCUUGCGGGUCAAGGGCCCUGGGGCGAUUACGGCAUGGCCGGUGGUUGCUAG